UCAUUUGCACCUCACUCAAUCAAUACUUGUAAUCCUCCCUAAAUUAAGCAAACCAACAACAAUUAAUGGCAUACAUCAACCGCCCCUACGGAAAGAACUACUACGAGGUUGAGAGAGAGGUCGUCCGUGACGGUCCAUAUGGUGCCUACGUCGCUGACUACAGGGUUGACGAAUAUGGAAACCGCAUCUACCACCACCACAAUAGGUUGGGAAAUUCCAUAACUAAGAUUGUGACUGAUGUCAUUCCUGGUCAUCACACCUCCCGUAACGGACUCGGAAAUGUCGUAACGGGGUUUGUGACCACUGAUGUUAUCCCCGGCUACCACCACCACCACUACCCUAACAUCAUUGAUAGGACGAGGUACUGACAGUUGACACUUGCAUGAAUCAUGAACCAGAGAAUUGACAGCAAACAUGGUAUCAGUGUAAUAAAAUGUCCUCUUUACCCUCUAAAAAUAGGCUAGUCAUUACGGGCCAGGAUUCGACACGAUGUGUACUUUGCUAUCUUGGAGUAAUUUGUUUGGCGAUGUAUUUCGGAUUUUUUUUUAUGAAGUUAUAGUACAUGGCUUUUGGUUUUUAGAAAGAAA